UAAUGUGGAAUUGUGUGUUAAAAAUAUAUAAAAUUAGGAAGUUUUUGUCUAGGAUAUUUAGUGAUGAGAAACAAAUAUUUAAACUAUAUGAUAAAAUUUUAUAUAUUACUUAGCUAUAAAUAAUGGCGAGCAGUAUUAAUCCCGAGUUGCGAAUAUUGCUGGUUGGACGAACUGGUCACGGGAAAAGUUCAACAUGCAACACUUUGAUUGGUGCUGACGAUGCGAAUGUGUCGUCUACUUCGACAUCUACGACAUCAAAAUGUUGGCUGUACAAAGCUGCCAAUCGCUUGAACAGAAAUUUGCAAGUAGUGGAUACACCUGGAAUAUUUGAUACAGCAAAUGAUAACGAAGCAAUUCACAAGGAGCUAAUCAGAUCCCUGCUUUUAACUACACCUGGGUUCCAUGCAAUUGCGUUUGUGUUGAAGAGAGACAAAUUCACAGAAGAGAUUCAGGAAACGAAAGAUAUAUUUUUCAAUUGGUUUGGUGAAAAUGUCAAAAACCAUUCAUUUGUGAUUCUAACGGAUACUAGCACAAGGGAAGAAAUGAACGAAUUUUUACAAGUGCGACCACACAAAAAGUUAACGGAGUUAGUUAAUGAUUGUAAUGGGCGUGUUGUUCCCCUCCAAAACAAAUGUAAAAAUGGCCGUUCAACUUGCAACCAAGUAAUAGGUAUUUUUGAUAUGGUGGAACGGAUAAUAGCCGAAAAUGAAAAUAAGAGCUUUUCUAAUGUUGCAUACACAAUUACUAUAUGGUAUGCAGAGAAACAGUUAUCACUCUCCAAAAGCAUGCUACUAUUUGUUUCUAAGAAGGUUUCGGAUAUGACUUUAGCAAAGAUUCAGAAAGAAACAGUAAGCCAUAUUCGAGAAGAACAUCUUGAAACAAGUUCGGUGUCCAAUGUCGUUGCAGAGACAGAAAGUAACAUGGUUAGAACGAAUAGCAGCAGUAAAGGAAAUUUGAAAAUAAUUGAUGCACUCACAGACAAACCAUAUGAAAAUCCUGCAGACGCAUUACUAAAGUCAACUUCUGAGGCAAUAUCUGAAACACAGAAUCCUGUCAAGGAUGUCAGUUAUACAAAUUAUUCCGACUCUGAUGACAAAUUAACAGAUUUAAAAACGAAAGUAAACAGUGACGAAACAGACGAAGAGAUAAAUGGGUUUAUUGCGUUUUCCAGAAGGAUGAUGUCUGGACUCACUUCUUGCACAAUUAUUUAAACCUCUUGCUAAAUGGUUUGGGGUGGUAUAUUUUUCUCCUGCAUUUUGAAAUGUGUAAAACUUUCAUCCCUUACGCAUUUCACUGAUUGACAUUUAUACCCUUUUAUUCUUAAA